GUCCAGAGGGUGGCGGUAAUGCUCCAGUAAGUUGGUUGCCAACCGCCGUAAAACCAAACAGAAGAAGAAGAAGAAGAAGAAGGAGCGGAAGAAGAAGAAGAAGAGCAAACUGGCUCGAUCAUAACAUCACUAGUCGUAUAUAGUUUUGCAUUUCGUUGUACAAGUGUUCAAGAGAUAUCUACUGUCGGUUUCUUUCAACUCCGUCAGUUGGCUAAGUUAGCUCCUCACAGUUAGCUAAUAGCAGCACAGCACCAUCCGUCAGUUUGUUUGGAAACAUGUCAGGUCUUCGUGUUAAAGCUCUGAAGUUCCCAUUCUUGAGUCUCUGUCUGCUGGCUGUGGCUGGAAUAAUACUUGCACACGGGUCAGGUGACGUCACAGUGGUCGUCAAAGAAGGGAGUGAUGCUGUGUUACCCUGUUCCCUCAGCACCAAGGAGGACCUUCAUUCAAAACUGUUUGACUGGAAGAAAGCUGCUCAGAAAGACGGAAAAACGAAGGAGGUGUUCUUUUAUGAUGCAGGCAUCACUUACAACAGCGGGCGAUCAGGUCAGAGUGAGGAGUUCAAAGAUCAAGUCUUCCAUUUUCAAGAUGAACUGCGGCACGGCAACGCCUCCAUCAUCAUCAGAAAUACGAAGGUGACUUACAGCGGAAACUACACCUGUGAUUUUCCACGUCUUCAGCCACGUCAAACAUUCCACAUUGAGCUUGUUGUUGAAACCAUCAUGAAAGACCGAUCAGGAGAAAACCCAGCUGCAACUCCAAAGCCAUAUACCAGGACCCUGAAUGCCACAGAGGACUGGGCGCUGCUGCUGUGUGAGGUUCGAGGUGCUUCUCCAAAACCACAUCUUCAGUGGCAGGACAGUGCUGGAAACAAACUUCCUGCUGAGGAGCUGCAGGUCUCAGAGAGAGAAGGCCACCACUACAUCACCCUCAACACCAGAGUGACCAAGAGUGACCGCUACCGCUGUGUGGUGACACAGGAGGAAAUCAGUCAUCAGAUUUUUAGACAUUUGUGUUUAUCAGAGAUAGUGUGUGAGGACUCAUCCAGCAAAGUGGCUGUUGGAUGGUUGUUUGGUGCUGGGGUUUUGGGAGCUUUCAUUGUUGUUGCAGCUCUAGCUCUGCUUGUAGCUAUGAGGUUCAUCACAAUAAACCGCAACAAAGGCUCCCCUCUGCAGGAAGAUGGUUUGUGCAACACAGGAAAUGGUUCCUGCAACACGGGAAACGGCUCGUGCCUCACGGGAAAUGGUUCCUGCAACCAGGAGACAUCCUCUGAAGAUCCUUCAGCGCAGCCACUCAACUCACAAGAUGUUUAG